GUGUAUUUUGGCACGUGCGUUAUUUACCUGAUGGACUAGCGGGUACAAAAGAGCAAGUGCUGCCUGUUGUGCAAACAGCUGCUUUGCUCAUGGCGGGUCGUCCUCUAGUUUUUUGUUUUGGUUUUUUUUUCUUUCUUUUUUGAGUGGGUUUUGUUAUGCAGCAAGGCUAGGAUUUACGCGGCACAUCUACCUUGGGGUGCUUCCUGCUUUCCGAUGGGCACAGGAGAUGCCGGGUGCCUGCCGGGGGAGGCCAGGCUUAGCUUCAAGCACUGAGAAACUAAACCAGUGCAAAAGGUACAGUCCUCCUCCUGGGGCACAGAAGAAGUCUCUACUCUUGGAGCUGCCAGUGUCUGCUGCUGGUUCUUCGGGGUUGAGCUGAUUUUGAUGGGUUCAUGUCUCGUUGUAUGAAUCACCUGGGGAUUACUGGGAGUUGUGCAUAUGUGUCACUACUACAGGCCUUUCCAUAGGCAUCGGCAGGUCUUGGGAUCCCCGUCUUCCCUGCGUCUUGAAGUAGUUUAUGUGGCUUUCUCUAACCCGGGUGAAGUUGAGCCCGUGUGGGGAUGUGUGGUCUGUUGUGUGGAGCAGUACCUCCACUGUCUCGUGGCUCUUCAUUUCGAGCUGGUUACAGAGGUUCAUUGCAAGUUGUCUGCGACUCUAGGCAAUCUCUCAGAUGCUCUCCAACGUACCUACCAUGGGUUGCUAUGUUAUUUUGGAGCCCUCUACCAGGGAGCCCAGGCAACACCUCUUGGCUCUGGGUUGGGUUGGAGAGGUGGCAGCAGAAGUCUGAUUAUGUGUGCGUGGUUUAGUAACACCAGCUUCUUGUUCUCUUAAGUUUCAGAUGCCUCUGGAUGUUCAAUGAUAGCCCUCUUCCAUACUGGAGCAGACGGUUCCCCCCAAGCUUACGUCCAGGGUUGAGACUUCUGCUCUUCUUCCUCUCGGUUGGCAUUCUCAAGAAAUCCGGUUCCACCACAAGCAGGAAACUGGCGUCCCACGGCUUCGGCGCUUCCAUGGCAGCAAUGUCAUCCUUCCCCCCACAAAGAUAUCACUACUUUCUAGUGUUGGAUUUUGAGGCCACGUGUGAUAAACCACAGCUUCAUCCUCAGGAAAUCAUCGAGUUCCCCAUCCUGAAGCUCAAUGGCAGGACGAUGGAGAUCGAGUCCACCUUCCACAUGUACGUGCAGCCCGUGGUGCACCCUCAGCUCACGCCCUUCUGCACAGAGCUGACUGGAAUUAUUCAAGGCAUGGUGGAUGGGCAGCCGAGUCUCCAGCAAGUGCUCGAGAGGGUCGACGAGUGGAUGGCAAAGGAAGGCCUCCUAGACCCCAGCGUCAAGUCGAUUUUUGUAACCUGCGGUGACUGGGAUUUGAAAGUCAUGUUACCAGGACAAUGCCAGUACUUAGGGCUGCCGGUGGCCGAUUACUUCAAACAGUGGAUUAAUCUGAAAAAGUGUUGGUUAGUCGUUACCAGGAGAGUGCAACCCCAGUCCCUGGCCACUUCCCCGGGAAGGGGAUUGCUGUGCCCAGCACCCCAAGCAAGAACAGCCCUGUGCCGAUCGAGGGGUGCUCACGGCCUUGAGACCUGCAGUCCUGGGGUGCGGGGCCAACCCCGCUGGGUGCCGGGUCUCUCUGCCCUGUGGAUCCUCCCAGAAUCGAGCGCUUGUGGCUGAGGCAUGUUCCUCCCACGAGGAUGCAGGGAGGACCUGUUUAUUUUGCCUCUUGAUGGUAUUUCUGAUGACAUUUGCUAAAUAAACUGCGUAUGGAAAAUCAUACUUUUUUCCCCCCAAAGGAAAGCCCGUGCCCUAGACAUUGUGCCAAGCCGAUUCCCCCCUCCGCCAUCCAUCAGUCCCUCAAAUGCUUUUGGCCCCUAAUUGCAAAGGGCCUUUAUUAGCCUCAUUAGGAGCUGUCGGCGCUGGCAGUAGAUCGGCCUGAAUCUCCCGGUUCCAGGUCCGCGGCUCACCUGGGUUGGCUUUUCGGUCGGGGGAAUCGUUUGGUACCCACGGCUCCGGGCCCAGCGUGCCUCGAAUCUCCCCCUGCUUCUCUUUCCCGUCAGGUGUUCCUUGAA